AAAUGGUGGACACCAAACGACGAGACAGGCAUUGGAAUGCAACAUUUGUUGACUACUCUUCGCAUCUUUUGCCUGAGGAUGCAGAUUAUCCACUACAGCAUCUUACUAGUUCUGCAGAUGGUCGUGUACUUACUGUUGACUCACGUUCCGGCUUGGUUCUUUGGCAACGUGAUUUUGACAGCGUGAUUGUAAACAUGUAUUUGCUCAAAGAUGAUGGAAUGCAUCGACUACCUAGUACUGCAAUUGGAUUAGAAACAUUUGAAUUGCUUGUACAGGUUGGCGAUAUUAUACAUUUUAUUUUAAAUUUAUUAUUUGUACAAUAUUAA